AUCAUCAAGAAAAAGUCAUCAUCAAUUUGAAUGAAGAAGAUGAAGAUUUUAUCAAUAAUAAUGAUAUUUGGAAAUAUAUGAAUGUCUACCCAAAACAAGCAGAAGAUACUCAAAGCCAGAAAACUGUAAUCCCGACCUGCCGAUUGCCUUCAGAAUCACGUCAAGAUGAAAAUUUUAAAAAUUCGAGAAUAAAAAUAUCAGAGGAUCUGAAAGAAACCUCCAGAAAUUCUGAAAUAAAGGAAGAAAAAUGGACGCUCCCUCACGAGAAGUACAUCAUUUAUCCACUUCCAAGUAGAACGAAAAAUGAUGAUGUACAACCUCUUGUUGUACAAGGAUCAUUAAUCAAAUUAACUGAGUUAGAAAAGAAAAUUACUAAAGGAAUAUUACAAGCAGCCAUAAAUGGAGAAGUAAAAACCAGACCACCAGUAUAUUCAUCAGCUAAAUAUUCAUUAUUAUUAUAUAACGAUAUGUUGGAUAUGCAAUUAUAUUCAUCUACCAUCAUAUUCUAUGAAAUGGGUCAAAUCAUUCAUGAUCUCACCUUUGGAAUGAACUGUGUAAGAACAAGUGGAAAAGUCAAAAAGUUGAUUAAGAAGAUAAAUCCACACAAUAUUCAAUUCAAAGUCAUGGCCACACUAAGAAUCUAUCAAUAUUUUUCAGAAUAUCCUGAAAUUUUAGAAUAUAGUAGAUUGGAUAAUUACUUUACUCCAUUAGUAAUUG